GUUAUGAGUUCUGUGUAUUCCCCAAGAAGAUAGUUGUUGACUCUAGAACAUUGCAGUCAGCUAUUUGGUCGAGCAAGACCAAACAGUCAAGUAACAGCUUUUCUUGAAUUAUUGCGCCUCGAUAAAAUGGUGAAGUAAUUGGGUUAAAUAUUUUUUUAUUGUUCGCGUGGACAACACAAUUGGGAUGAGGGGCAAAUUGCAAGAUUGCGUCAUUCAGUGGAUUGUUGUGGCAGUUUUUGCUGGGGUCGCAUAUGCGAUUUACGAUCCCCGAGAAACUACUGUAAAGCCACCGCAGAGGAGAGAACCGAUUCCUUGGUACUCGGAUUCUCCGAAAUCGCGGCCGCCUGCACCUUUUCCAGGGGUGAAAACCAAAGUUCCAGGGAGUUGGGCAAAAACUCGAGGCACUGUUUUGGAAUUGACUCCAGAGAUUUCUGACAGAAGUGAAACUGUGGGAGUUCAAGAUGUCCCAUUUGAGAAAUUUCUGGAAGACAAGGUGGAGCAGAUAGGAGCAGAUGAUAACGGCUGGAAUGGAAUUCUGAAGGAGCAAAAUGUUUACGAAGGAAUCACUGAUGAUGGAAAUAAACCAAGAAAAGAAUCACUUGAAAAUUCCCGAAGAACUCGUUCUUCAGUAGUGGCUAAGUACGAUCGCAAGACCGGAUUCGAGUGUCCACAUCCCGGCGCAAGUGGCCAGUUUAUUUACCCCCCAGAUUGUAAAUUUUUUGUAAACUGUUGGAAAGGGAGGGCAUUCAUCCAGCCCUGUGCUCCAGGUACUCAUUUCAAUCCAGAGACCUUGGAAUGUGAUUUUCCACACAAGGUGAAGUGUUAUGGAGGAGAACUGGCGGAUUUUUCUCCAGCGAAUUCCGCCGAUCAUAAAGUGCGAGAGGCAGCCACAACAGAUUUUCACAGCGCACAGCUCAAUGUGCAACCAAAAUGUCCGGAACAACUGAGUGGACUCCUAGUACAUCCCAAUGACUGCAGGAAGUUUCUACUCUGUUCAAAUGGAAUGACACAUAUCAUGAUUUGCGCACCGGGAACUGUUUUUAACCCUACGAUGAGUACCUGUGAUAUUCCUGCUAAUGUCCUUGGUUGUGAGGGGGAAACUGCAGCUAUCCACGGCCACUAUAACUCUCCGCUUAUACAAGAGAAUCACGGGACUCGAAAGAAUUUUAAUUCUCCCAAUACUUUACAAAGUCAACAAUGGAGUCAACAACAACAACCUGAGGUUCCUGCCUCCAGCUACCCUAAUUCGCAUACUCAAGGCAAUAGACAGCCGGCCCAUCAAGUAAUUCAAACAGUGUCCUGUCCCAGCGGUUUCAGUGGAAUGUUGCGGCAUCCCUCUGAUUGCAAAAAAUUCCUCCAGUGUGCUCAUGGGUUCGCUUAUAUCAUGGAUUGUGGUCCUGGAACAGCCUUUAAUCCCAAAAUUAGUGUGUGCGACUGGCCGUAUAAUGUUCCAGGCUGUGGAGAAAAACCACAGCCACAAACUCCAGCAUUACCGUCCAGUUCUUGGAAUCCAUCAUCGACCUGGUCGCCAGGAACAUCCCAAAAUCAGCCCGUAGCCAGCGGAAAUGAGUGGGGAUCAACGAGUUGGACCCCGAAUGCAUAUCCCGUUGGUGCAAAUCGCCCACAAAAUCCAUACACUACUCAGGAACAUUAUCAGCACGAUUAUCACACGAUGCGUCCAGGCUACCCUCUCUCAUAUAAUCACAAUCAUCAUCGCCAGGGUCAAGAGAGUGGAAAUAAUUUUGAGGCACAUCAAACGCCAUCCCAUAUGCUUUAUCCACCGACUCAUCCUGGGCACCAUCAUUAUCCCAAUUAUCCGAACAACAAUGAGCCUGGAAAUCCGCAGUGGAAGGUGUUAGAUCAUGGAAACGGAGUCUACUACCCGAACAGAUAUCCAGGUAGGAAUGGAAAAACUAGUCCCGGGUUCGCCCAUCCCGGGGGGAAUCCUUCAAACUCUGGAAACAUUUAUGUGCAACAUGGGAGCUAUCCUACGGAAACACUCGAAUCUGCAAAUUCUAGACGGAGGGCUGAAACAGGAUGGAGACCGAAUUCUGGACCCUACGAUGGAGAGUCUGUUCCAGAAGAGUCCCAGCCCCAAGGAUGGAUACCCUCUCCUUUGAGUGGCAAGGAGUAUCAGGACCCUGAAAAACCGGGACACGAAGGACACAAAGCAUAUUCCCCGGAUGAUAAACUUGAUGAAUGGCAGUCGAAGCCAACUAUCUUUCAAGAGAAUACCAAACGAAAAGGACAAGAUGACAAAAUGGAUGAUUGGUCGAGUAAAGGGAACCUCUUUGGUCAGGGAAAAGUACGCCCGAAUGCAGCAUCAAAGAUACCAGUACCGCAGUUCCAUGGAAUCUACGUAGGCAUAAAUGGAACGACAGUGAAAGGUCACUAUAACGUCACAGAGCCUGAAAUCUAUCGCGGUCAUGCCAACACUGGAAUCUACAAUAAUACACUCACGAAUUCGGCGAAACCAAAGGUCAAUGUUGAGCUGGAUAAAUACCCCAAUCAUUUAGACACCGGGUCGAAACCUGGUAAAGGGGAAAAUCCCUCAAAUCGCGUGGCUGGGUGGAACAAACCCGACACAGACGCCCCCACAGUCUCCAUCGACGAAAAUUACGAUGAUUUGGGAGCCAGUGAUUCGAAUGACUAUCCGGGCAUCGAUGAAGAUGCUAAGAAUCUCGAAGUUGACAUCCUGGACAGAAGAAGAGAUAUGUGGAAACCGCAUCUCGCAUUCGAGAAUCGAACGAAAUCAAAUGAUUCUGUCAUUAUGCGAAUCGAUAAAAAAACAGUCGAUGUGGAUAUCUUUAGUGUCGAAGCUGCACCCUGGCUAGAAGAGGAUCCGCCGUUUCCUGUCUAUUUCCCACCCCCAGUGCAUCCUCUCGAUUCUUCUGAAGCUGAAAAGCCAAUGCCGUACUCCGGACAGAUAAUUCGAUUGAGGGGAGGUUUGAGUGGCAGAGAUGGUUACGUGGAAGUCCAAGGGGCUCAUCCUGGUUGGGGAGUAGUGUGCGAUGUUAAAAACGGAUGGACUAUCAAGGAAGCAAAUAUACUUUGUCGCCAAUUGGGAUUUGCCAGAGGAGCUGCAACAGCAUGGCAAGGUCGACCACCCGUCGAUGACAUUCCCUCCUGGGUGGCUACAACAAGUGUCCAAUGUUUUGGCAACGAGACAAAGUUCCAAAAGUGCAAGUUCAUCCAUGGGGCAACUUGCAAUGUAGCGCGUGAUGCUGUGGGAAUCACUUGUUUCCCCAAUCGAGUGGCGCACUGUCGAAAGGAUGAAGUUCCUCAUGCGGGUAAUUGCUAUCAUCUGGCUAAUGCUAAUGCUGGUUUGAAUCAUGAAGAGGCCUUACGAUACUGCGCGGAUAGGCAGUCACGGUUGGUCGAUAUUACCAGUCAGAAUGAGAACAACUUCUUGUCCGAAUGGCUUAUGCUGGAUCAUCCGAGGGUCGAGACGGUUAUGACUGCUGGCCUCGGAUUUUCUAUGAUGAAUACCACUAUUUGGAUAUGGGAAGACUCUGCCAAGACUAAAUUCAAAUUUGCAAAAUGGUGGCCAGGCUGGAGGGAAGAUAGAGCAAUGCCUCCUUGGACUGGUUCUCGUCCUUCUUGUAUCGUAAUGAAGAAGAGUUUUCCUUGUUUUGAGCUUCCGGAACGAAACUGCAGUUCUGAGUACUUUUUCUGGUAUGUGGAGGACUGUGCAUCGUCCAGCAAAGGACACGCCUACGUUUGCAAGAAACCUUACAACGAUAUAAGUUGUGUUUACGGAAAGGGACACCACUACUCUGGUAACGCAAAUGUGACGACUUCUGGUAAAGCUUGUCUUCCCUGGAAUGACGCUACAGUGGCUUAUGCCCUAAUGGUGAACGUUCCUGAUCGCCAAGUCAGGAAUAAACUGAAGGACCACAACUACUGCAGAAAUCCCAAUCCCGUGCAGGAAUCGAAACCCUGGUGUUUCACUGGAACUUACGGAGAGAAGGAACAUUGCGAUAUUCCUGCCUGUGGAAGCUCUGGACAAGCUAGAAUUCCACAAGGGGGUCAAUGUAAGAAAGAUCUGUUUGAAUGCCUCCCAGAGGAGUGCAUUCCCUCCCACUGGGUGUGUGAUGGAGAGGAGGAUUGUACCAAUGGUAAAGACGAAAAAUUCUGUUCUGAGCACUUAAAUUUUUUCGAGAAAACUGUCCACCACAGACUCGAGGGUUAUGAUGUGGAGAAAUGGAUCAACACUCCCCUGAAAACUUGCGCUUUAAGAUGCAAAGAGGCAGACUUUACCUGUCGCUCAUUCUCCCACAAAGCAAACGAAAAGUUGUGUUUACUGAGUGAUCACAACGUCGGCACCACUGGAGCUUUGGUAAUAGACAUUGACUUCGAUUUUUACGAGAUGAACGAUCGUAAAAUAGACUGCACGGAUAUGUUCAUCUGCAGUAAUAAAAAGUGCAUCAAUCAGACUCAAGUUUGUGAUGGUAAGAAUGACUGUAAUGAUAGAUCCGAUGAGAGCAUUUGUACUCUGGAAAAUUUGGAUUAUGGCAUACGGCUGAUGGGUUCUGAAACUUCUAAUGAAGGGAGGGUUGAAGUUAAAGUUUUGGGACAUUGGGGACAAGUUUGUGACGAUGGAUUUGGAAUGAUCGAUGCGGAAGUAAUUUGUAAAGAAUUGGGAUUCAAUCUGGGAGCUCUGGAAAUACGACCUGGGGGAUUCUUCGGAAAUAUGCAUCCACCAACAGUUUUUAUGGUUGAUCAGUUAAAAUGUAGGGGUAAUGAGACAUCUCUAAGAGAAUGCGACUUCAAUGGAUGGGGUGUACAUGACUGCUCUCCCGAGGAGGCUGUCGGUGUGGUAUGCAAAACAGCACAGGAUAACUGUAAGGACGGGGAAUGGAAAUGUGAUCACAGUUCUAACUGCAUUCGCACGCCAUUUAUCUGUGAUGAAGUCGUCGACUGUCCGGAUGGUUCCGACGAAAGCCCCGUGCAUUGUGAAGCACCGUUUGAAAUACGUUUGGCCAAUGGGAGUCACCCCGCCGAAGGCAGGGUAGAAGUGAGACAUCAUGGAGUCUGGGGGACAGUUUGUGAUGAUGAUUUUUCUCAUGCAGCGGCUAAAGUUAUUUGCAGAGCUUUCGGCUACUGGGGAAAUGCUGUCGCUAAGAAAAAUGGGUAUUUCGGAGCUGGCGAGGGUCCUAUUUGGCUGGAUGAGGUGUUCUGUCGUGGGAAUGAAACUCAAUUGUAUCGGUGUGAACACGAUCACUGGGGCCAUAGUAAUUGCAACCACGACGAGGACGUCGGAGUGAUCUGUGAAGAGGGCCCAGUUAGUUUCGACGAGAACCACAAGGACAACCUGCCAGAGAUUACGAUCAAUGAAAUUCUCCCGGCUGAAUGUGGAAAGAGACUCGAGGACUUCAGCGAGGGGGAUAAAAUGUUCGAGAGGGUGGUGAGGGGUUCUGUGGCACCGAAGGACUCUUAUCCCUGGCAGGCGAGUAUAAGGGUGAGAGGUCACAGUCGAUCAAACCACUGGUGCGGGGCGGUUAUUGUAUCGCCUCUUCAUGUUUUAACAGCUGCACAUUGCCUGGAGGGAUACAAUAAGGGCACUUACUUCAUAAGAGCUGGAGAUUACAACACUGAGAUUGAUGAAGGCACUGAAGUAGAAGCAAAUAUAGAAGAUUACUACAUUCACGAGGAAUUCCGGAAAGGUCAGAGGAUGAACAACGACAUCGCUCUCGUUCUAUUAAAAGGCCGCGGAAUCCCCCUGGGUGAGCAUAUUAUGCCAAUUUGCCUCCCACCUAGGAAUGCUGAGUAUUCUGAAGGACUCAACUGCACCAUUAGUGGAUUUGGCAGUAUCGAGAAUGGAAAAUCAGGGCACUCCAGGGAUUUGCGAUUUGGCUGGGUGCCACUGAUCGAUCAAAAUGUUUGCAGAGCCGAUUAUGUUUAUGGUGAAAAAAAAAUAACUGAUGGAAUGGUUUGCGCUGGGUAUCUUGAUGAGGGAAUUGAUGCUUGUGAUGGUGACUCUGGAGGGCCCCUCGCUUGUUACAGGAACGGAGCUUUCAACCUUUAUGGUAUUACCAGCUGGGGCCAACAUUGCGGAGAAAUGAAUAAACCUGGAGUGUAUGUAAGAAUAUCUCAUUACCGAGAUUGGAUAGACAAAAAAAUUCAAAAUUCAUUGUCAGGUCGGUGAUAUAAAAACUCAAACUUACACUAGAAGUAUUCGUAUACCUCAGUUGUGUCGAGUUUUUUUUAUUUUUGUGGAAAAUUAGAUGCGAUGAGACAAUCGUUUUAUUCCGGAUUCCAAAUG